CGAAAUCCGGUCAUAUCUUUUGUAGGUCGCCGACACAAUGGUCAACAUCCCCAAGACCCGAAACACCUUCUGCAAGGGCAGCAAGUGCAAAAAGCACACCGCCCACAAGGUCACCCAGUACAAGACUGGCAAGGCCUCCCUGUUCGCCCAGGGUAAGCGCCGUUACGACCGUAAGCAGUCCGGUUUUGGUGGUCAGACCAAGCCCGUCUUCCACAAGAAGGCCAAGACUACCAAGAAGAUCGUUCUUCGUCUUGAGUGCACUGUCUGCAAGUACAAGCAGCAGCUCGCCAUCAAGCGCUGCAAGCACUUCGAGCUCGGCGGUGACAAGAAGACCAAGGGUGCUGCCCUCGCUUUCUAAACGACGAUUGCUAUUGUAUAUUCUUGUGGACGGGAUUGUUUGACAACAAUCUUGACAUUGUGAUGAUAUAUAAUACACUAUCAAUUGGGCAACA